GAAUCCACAUUUGAGUUCACGGAUGAAUGUUUGCUAGCUUUUAACACCUUGAAAGAGAAGUUGAUUUCAGCACCCGUGAUCAUCACACUGGAUUGGAACUUGCCAUUUGAAUUAAUGUGCGACGCUAGUGAUUUUGCUGGUGGGGCAGGCAGUGAAAAUGUGGUGGCAGAUUACUUGUCUCGACUCGAGACCACAGAACAGACAGAGACGGUGGAAAUCAACGAAGUCUUCUCAAAUGAACAGAUUUUUAGUGUAGAGGAGGCACCCUGGUAUGCGGACAUAGUUAACUACUUAGCCAGGUCUAUCAUGCCACCUAAUUACUCAAGGCAUUUUGGUGCUUCGAAAAUAGCGGCGAAGAUCCUUCAAUCAGGUUUUUACUGGCCUACACUAUUUAAGGAUGCUUUUGAAUUCGUGAAGAAGUGUGACCGAUGUCAACGCACCGGUGGAACUAUUCGACGUCUGGGGAUCGACUUCAUGGGGCCAUUUUCCCCAUCCUUCUCUAAUCAGUACAUAUUAGUGGCUGUGGAUUACAUAUCGAAGUGGGUUAAGGCCGUUGCAUUGCCUACCAACGAUGGGAAGGUG